ACACUGUACGGGGGGUGAAUGCGUGUAGCUGACAUGAUUGAUAGGCGGGCGCGGUGUAACGGUUUGUCUGGAGGCUUAAAACCCGCCUCAGCUCCAGCUCUCAGCCUGUCGUUAGGUUGACUGAAAGUUAGGCUGAGACAGCAUUUCCAGCAUGGAGACCGCCAUCGAUGGAACUCCAGCGCCCCCUGCAGGAACAGACGGUUGGACGUCAGUCAUGCUUCAUCUUUUAAUAUUUACUUACUGUGGGGAUGAAUGCUGGUUGGAGGAGCCCCCCCAUGUGAACUCUUGCCUAGAGCCUCAACGUUUUUAGAAUCACCAAUGCUUCAGAAACCGAGUGACCACUGAGACUACGUCCAUGUUGUUUACAAUCGUCUGAUACAGAGAAAAUUGUAUGACUUUUUUUAAACUCAUGGCUCGUUUUCAAGUGGAUCAAAGAGGAGGCUGCUCUCUCUCUCUCUCUCUCUCUCUCUCUCUCUCUCCCUUCCUCUCUCUUUCCCUUCCUCCCUCUCUCGCUCCAGCUCCUCCCAGGCUUUUAUAUUUAAAUGUCGGGCGAGCCAGCAGGUAAACUCUCUCUCUCCUCUCAGUGAGUCUCACCUGAGCCUGAACAUCACUCAGUCUGCAGCUGUGUGUGUCAGGUCCACACACACACUUCUGAAGCGUUCAAACACUGAGGAUUUUCAUCAAAAGAUUUGUUAACCGGACAGGUGAAUGUAAAGAAGCACAACCUGUGGACAGAAUCAGCUCUUCUCUUCUCCUGAACAUUUUAUGGAUGAUUUAAACGAUGUGUUUGAUGGAUGAAAGUGGUCAACAGGGGGACGUCUGCAUCUUUUGAACAUCUUUCAAAUAACUGAAGAGAAAUGGACGACCACAUGAACUGUGUUUGGAUCUCUGAGUGUUGAUUCUGAAGUCAAGAAAGGCUGAAAUAUUUCAAUUAACUGAUGACCGUUGGACGUCCAGGAUGGAUCUGUCCACAGUCCAGACAUCUUCUGAGACCUUUACUCUGAUUUAACAAGACAUUUAGAGACACAACGGUGAAAAACAUGCAAAGCUUUUUACCACUCAAAGAAAACUCCAAAGACACGUACGACUUCUCCAAGUACACUUCCUCUCAGUUUGAAAACAGGACUAUAGGGGAAACUUCUCAGUGGUCCAAGUUUUGAAAACAGAACAUUUAAAGGUUUUUGGACCAGACGGUUUUUCAGGGUUCAAAGCGAACUGAAGACGGACUUUCAAGAGACAUCUUCGAGGUGUUUCCGUUAUUUCCUUCGCUCUGAUUUUGGACCUUCCUGCAUGUUUGAGGAUCCUUUUUAAACCACAAACUGAUCCAGAGACGACGGCUGGAAUGACCUCUGACCUCUGAACCAGGCUUUUGAGAAACGCCCGCCAACAUUACCAAGAGGAAAAUCCGAGGUAUCUGAUUGGAUGUCGACCUCACGCAGGUUGGUUGUCUUUGAGCUAGAAAAUGACGGGUAACUUCGCAGUUCAAGAAGCAGACCGGUGAGGCGGGAUCAAACCAAGGUUGUUGGCGGCACACAGGCGCGAUGUUGAUGUGUCGCCCCCUGCUGCUGACAUGGGUGCUGCUCACCGCCAGAGUCCGAAGUCAGAGCUGGAGACCCUGCACAGACCUGCUGCCUCUUGACCUGCUGACCCGAGCCCUGCCACACCCAGACCAAGCCCAGCCCACUCAGUUGCAGAUGGUUCAGUCCAGAGGGUCCAGAGGUCUCCGACUGGGCGGCGUCUCGUCAACAGUGCUGAGUUUUCCCGCCUCCCAAAUUUUCACCAACUGCGACUACUUCCCUUCAGAGUUCUCAUUGGUCGCCACCAUCAAGAUACCCAGACUGAGACAGAAGAGGAACGAGUACGUCUUCUCUGUGGUCGAGGAGGAAUCUGAUUUGCUGUUGUUAGGGUUACGUGUCUCAGAGAACAGCCUCCACCUCUUGGUCACGGCCCCCGGUGGUGGGAGGCGGAGCCGGAUGACCUUUAAGGAUGUUGGAUUGGAUGAUAACCGUUGGCACACCGUGGUGCUGGCUGUCACCGGACCGUAUGCCACGCUGACCGUCGACUGUGGGCUGUCUCUGGAGCUUAAACAGGUUCAGUCAUUUCCCAGCACUCUCAGCACCAGAGGGUCCAGGAUGUUCAUUGGCAGCCGGAGGAGGAUGAGGGGACGAUUCUCUGGACUACUCCGUCAGCUGGUUCUACUUCCUGGUUCAGAUGCCACGCCCAGACUCUGUCCAUCAGCUGACCCCAGCCUGGUCGAGCUGUCCAUCCCCCAGAUCCUGAAGUCCACCCCACUCCGGCCGGACCAUCAAGGACCAGUUUAUCCGUAUGAGGCCGAGGCUAGAGUGACCACAGGAAAUCCUCCUCAGUGUUCAGGACCAGAACAAGGUCAGCUGUGGUUCAACACUCGGAGGAGAGACCUGUUCAUCUGUGACGGAAUCACCUGGAGGACGCUGUUGCAGAACAAGGAGCGUCUGGACUACGUGGAGGACUAUCAGGACCUGUACACCAGCUCAGAAACCUUCGAUGUGGAGGUUUUCUCCAUCCCGUCUGAAGGCCUGUUCAUGGCUGCAGCCAACAGGGACUCUCGGCCCGGCUCCGGGAUCUACAAAUGGAGAGACGGGUUGUUCCAGCUCUACCAGAACAUCAGCACUCAGGAGGCUCGCGCCUGGAAACACUUCACCAUCGAGGACAAGAUUUUUCUGGUGGUGGCGAACUCCAAGGAGGCGGAGCCUGAGCUGUCUGUCAUCUAUCGGUGGAAUCAGCGUCGGCAACGUUUCCUCCGUCAUCAAACACUGGAGACUCACUCGGCUUUGGACUGGGAGGCCUUUCAAAUCCACAACGACAGCUUCCUGGUGGUGGCCAAUCACAGACGAGCCAGAGACUCCAACCACAACAUCCACAGUGUGAUCUACAGGUGGAGCCCAAACACAAAGCUGUUCGAGGUGAACCAGACUCUGUCCACAUCCGGAGCGUACGACUGGGAGUUCUUUUCCGUCGGGCCGUACCACUUCCUGGUGGUUGCCAACACCUUCGAUGGUCAGACCACCACCAUCAGCUCCACGGUCUAUGUGUGGCUGAACGGCUGCUUCCAGACGUUCCAGAGCAUCCCGACGAUCGGAGCGACAGACUGGGAGACGUUUCAGAUAGACGGCAGGUUUUUUCUGGCUGUCGCUAACAGUCAGAUGAUUUCAGACCGCGGCCCGAGUCUCUACAGCAUCAACUCCACAGUGUAUGAACUCAACACACUUACUCAGACCUUCAUCCGCUUCCAGGACAUCCUCACACACAGCGCGGUGGACUGGGAGUUCUUCACCAUCGGAGACGACAAGUUUCUGGUCGUAGCAAACAGUCACGACGGCAGCUCGUACUCUCUGAACAGUGUCGUCUACAGGUGGCAGGGUUACGAGGGCUUCGUUGCCGUCCACAGUCUGCCCACGUUCGGCUGCAGAGACUGGGAACACUUCAGCACCGAGGAGGGCUCCUUCCUCGUCUACUCCAGCGCCACCUCCAGGCUCAGCAAGGUCUUUAGACUCAGGACGUACUGAAGGAAACCCCAAUAAAAGAAACCUCUAACUUCAGAGAGUUUCACGUUUAAACCUUCAGACUUCUGCAGUCGUCACCUUUGGGCUCAGCAGGGUCUUCAGGGACAGGAACAGACCGACUGAACCUGCAUCCCUCAGAGUUUGAGUUUUAAAACUAGAACCUUCUGCAGGACUCGACAGUCGUCAAUUUCGAGCUCUGCGAGGUCUUCAAACAGCAGGAACAAUCCUUUCAACAUUUCCAUCAAGGAGAAGAAACUGAGAUUUCACACCUGCAGAGAAACUGUCUGAGUUUGUUUCUUCUCUGGUCCUUCAAAGACAAUAUGAAGAACUUUUCCUUAUCGUAUUUAAAAAUAUAAGUUCAGUCAUUUUAAGCUUGUGCAGUGGUUAGCUGUGUUCCCUCACAGCAAGGAGGUUCCUGGUUUGAAUCCCCGUCUGACAGGAGCCUCUCCUCCCACAGUCCAAAGACAUGCUUGUUAGGUUCCCCGGAAGGGGAAAGCGGUAUAGAUAAAGGAUGGAUGGAUGUAAUGUUUGCCUGGCGAGGACAACGCCCUCUAGUGGGCUAAAAAAUGUUUUUAGGGGAGAAAGGGCCGCCUGAUACGGGUCGCUAAAUCCCUUUCAGGUUCCAUCGUCUCUAUGUUUGUUUUUAGUUUAUGUGUGAAGUGAAGUUGAGGGUUUGAAUUUUAAAGUUUUAACAUGAAAUUAGAAGUAGCGCUCACUUAUAUUACCACAGGUUCUGACGAGAAGAAAAGAACAGUCACGAAUGAAACAAGAGAAUUCAAAGCUUCUUUUCUCUGCUCGUACCUCGGAGGUGUUUGUUAAAGGUGCAAUCAGUCAGUUAUAACUAUAACAUAAUUAUAACUAUAAUAAAGAAUAAGCUUCUCAGAAACACACAGCUUUAGAUCUGAUGUUUAAUACAAGUCAUAUUAUGGGAUGUUGCUGCGUUUUCUGUAAAACAACACUUCACUUUGAUUCUUGUUUAAACUGUAAAACUGUUUUAUUGAGCUGUUUGUUGUGACGUAAUGUUCAUAUAAAUAUUCUUUAUUAAAACUUCACUAACUUAACGUCUUUAUUAACACAAUUUAUAUCCAAACUGUAAUUUAUUAUUUUUCAUAAAUAAUGACAAUUUUUGUGAAUAAAUAUUGUUUCUGAGUGUUGUCGUCUGUAACAGAACAUAAAACACUGGAUGUGAAUGAUUUUAUUCAGACAAUGAACAUUUAUUUUGACUCAUCAAUUAAAAACACUAUAAGUAUAACGUUU